GAUAGCUGAGGAUGAAAAGAUAAAGAAAGGACGUAGCUUUAUAGAGUUCUCAUGCGUCGCUCUCUCCCCUCAACCCAACUAGUACUACUCUGUUACCGUUCUUCUCUUUCCCAUAAACACGGAGAAAUAAAACACACAGAAUUUGCUGUUGCUUCUACUCUGAUUUUCCUGUAAUCGUUUCUUUCAUCUAGCUACAAUUGGGUAAUUCUUCUUCUGGGUUGGGGUGAAUUUCUGGUCUUGUGUUGUGUGGUUGGGAUUUGCAGAGAGUUAGCAAUAUUGGGUUCAGUGGGUUCAGGUUCUCCCAUCAGAAGAAAUGAGAAGUGCUACAAUUCAGAGCUGUACCUCUUCUUCAACUUCAUCUUCCUCAGCAUUCCCUCAUCCUCCAUGCCUCACCUCCGCCUCUGGCCGUUGCAAGUUCAAUCCUGCGCUGUUGCCUCAGGGCAUAUCCUUCUCUCAAAGGAUGUCCCGUUGCUCUGGGGUCCAUUUGGAGUCUUGUUUUAAUUAUAAUCUGUCGAAGAACUGUAUAAUUCCAAGUUAUUCUUGUGGAUGGCCGGAAACACAAUCAUUGUUCUCAAAACAACCACACAAAAAGUGUUUGUUUCCCUUGGGAGCUUUAGUGACUUCUAAAACUCAAGAUGUUUCCUCUGCAACACUCAUUGGUGAGGAAAGGAUUGGGGUGUUGUUGCUGAACCUUGGAGGUCCAGAGACACUUGAAGAUGUGCAGCCUUUCUUGUUUAACCUCUUUGCUGACCCGGAUAUUAUAAGAUUGCCCAGGUUGUUUCGUUUUCUUCAAAAGCCCUUGGCACAGUUUAUAUCUGUUCUAAGGACACCCAAGAGCAAGGAAGGUUAUGCUUCAAUUGGUGGUGGUUCCCCUCUUCGACAAAUAACUGAUGCUCAGGCUGAAGAGUUGAGAAAGUCACUUUGUGCAAAGAAUGUCCCUGCUAAGGUGUAUGUUGGUAUGAGAUACUGGCAUCCAUUUACUGAAGAAGCCAUCGAGCAGAUAAAAAGGGAUAGAAUCACAAAGCUUGUAGUGCUUCCUCUUUAUCCUCAAUUCUCAAUAUCAACCAGUGGUUCAAGCCUUCGACUCUUGGAGAGCAUAUUCCGAAACGAUGAGUAUCUUGUAAACAUGCAGCAUACAGUCAUACCUUCAUGGUAUCAACGUGAAGGCUAUAUAAAAGCAAUGGCAAAUUUAAUUGAAAAGGAGCUGCAAAAGUUUGACUCUCCUGAGAAGGUAAUGAUAUUUUUUAGCGCACAUGGUGUGCCAUUGGCAUAUGUGGAAGAGGCUGGUGAUCCAUACAAGGCAGAAAUGGAAGAAUGUGUGGAUCUGAUAAUGGAAGAAUUGGAGAAGAGAAAGAUAACUAAUGCAUGUACUCUUGCUUAUCAGAGCAGAGUUGGGCCUGUGGAAUGGUUGAAGCCCUAUACUGAUGACACAAUCAUCGAGCUAGGCCGAAAAGGAGUUAAAAGUCUUCUGGCUGUACCAAUUAGCUUCGUCAGUGAGCAUAUUGAAACUCUUGAAGAAAUUGAUGUUGAGUAUAAAGAGUUGGCUUUAGAAUCUGGUAUAGAAAAUUGGGGGCGUGUUCCAGCUCUGGGAUGCGAACCCAUGUUCAUUUCAGACUUGGCAGAUGCGGUAAUUGAGAGUCUUCCGUAUGUUGGGGCUAUGGCAGUUUCAAAUCUUGAAGCUCGUCAGUCAUUAGUUCCACUUGGUAGUGUGGAAGAGUUGCUGGCAGCAUAUGAUUCACAACGUCGGGAGCUGCCACCACCUGUGAUUGUGUGGGAAUGGGGUUGGACAAAAAGUGCCGAAACUUGGAAUGGUAGAGCAGCAAUGCUGGCAGUGCUAAUGCUUCUGCUCCUAGAGAUCACAACUGGGGAGGGAUUUCUGCACCAGUGGGGCAUAUUGCCCUCGUUCCGCUAAACUGUCUGGGGCAUGUAGUUGUGAAAAUGGGUGUAAAUUUUAUUGAUAAAACUUGCAUGCAUUCUACCAUAAAAUAUUCAUCCCUGCAUUACAUCGGACUAGGUGACGAGUUAAUAUACACUAGGAUUGGAUUCAGGUAAUGGUCUACUACAACUUGACAAGCUGGGCAGCACUUUUUGUGGGUGAAAAGAAAAAUGUAUUAUAGUGGUUUUAUAAUUUUUAUUCUGAUGAGAUGUUUUCACACUAAUUCUGUUAAUCU